AUGACGGUCUCCAUGACGUAUCCUGUGCGUGCUUUUAAAAUCAUUUACGUUCUUCACAGGCUUGGUUUGCUGGAACAAGUCAAGGCCAACCCCAAGCGGGCUGCGCUCGUAUUUCUUGUUCCUCAUUCUGGUUUAAAGGGCUUUGAACGACAAGAUAUCAUCUCGGAUGGGGUGUCGCCACAUUCGAUCAAAGACAUACAUGACAUUGGACCCGCUGCAGUGAAAACGUUUGCAGAUAAGUACGGCAUCAAAACAGUUGACAAAUUGAAGACAGCAGUGGACCUCUUUAAGCAAGAAAAAGUCAAGAUGAAAGAGAAGAAGCACCGAUCCGAUUGGUUACGCGCCGUGAGGAGUUGGGGGAAGCAUGUAGAGCUGAACAAAACCGAGAACAUCGCAAUGAUGAAAAAUAUCCCCCAAUAUAUUUCGCCGUCUGAUUAG